AUAGAUGUCAUAGAUGUCUAAAGAUGUGGAGAUGUUUUUAUUUGUGUGAAUAAAAUAAAAUCUGGCGUUUAUUUUAUUUUCUGAGAAAGAUUUUGAAUCAGUGCAAUCUGUCUCGUACUUCUAGCCUGGUUUACUAAAGUACCUUGCAUCGAAUUCUACAGUCAUGAUGGACAACGAAAAUGAAACAGACGUAACAUCCCUGGCUCCAGAAUUCCCAUCACUUUGGGAGAGAGGGCGUGUUGUAGGCAAGGGGACCUUUGGACAGGUUUUUAUUGUCAAAGAGCAAGAAGCUGAUGAAGAAAAAUAUGUGGGGAAGGAAAUCCUCGUCUCCAGUGCCAAGAGAGAUCGUGAAAUGAAUAUAGUGGAGCUGGACGUCUUGAUGAAAAUCAAACAUCCCAAGAUAGUUUCUUUCUACGGAUAUGAGCAAAAGAGAUUCAACAUAAUCCUCUUCUUUGAGAACAUGAGCAUGGGUUCGAUCAGAGGAUUUAUAAAAGAUCACGGGGCAUUGCCAGAAGAGAGAAACAGACUGUACACUAAACAAAUUCUGGAAGGCCUCCAAUAUCUGCAUGAAAGAAAGCCACCCAUCAUCCAUAGGGAUGUCAAAGGUGACAACGUCCUACUCAAAGAUGAGAGCAACGUUAAACUCACAGACUUUGGUCUGUCAAAGGUCAUUCACUCGGCAACCAACGCCAGGUCAGUGAACGGGACAUUCCAUUGGAUGGCACCGGAAGUGGUUACAGCAAAUGAAGAGAAUCCGUAUGACGUUAAAGCAGAUAUAUGGAGUGUGGGCUGUACUGUUGUUGAGAUGGCCACCACAGAUCCACCAUUUAAAGACCUUUCUGCUGUACAAGUCAUUAUGGCUCUCUCCAGUAAAAUAAAUCCCAUUUACACCCUACCGGCGUCUGCAUCAAAUGCCAUGAAACAAUUCUUGGAGCAGACAUUCCAGAUCAAUCCAGCAAGUCGUCCUAAAGCAGCAGAACUGCUGGGUCACAGUUUCGUUGCUAGUGUGUGAAUCAACUCAUACUUCGAUUUGAUACAGGCAGCAACAUGAGUUCUAGCAUGCGGCUUAAUUUUUUUUAUUAAACUUUCACCCUUUUGUGUUGUAGAACCUUUUACUAUUUAAUAAACGUUAUAUUUUACAAAUA